CGUCUUUCUCUCUCUCUGUCUCCCUUUCUGUGUACUCGGUUAUUGCUCUGGCUCUGCAAGUUCCAGACUUCCAGUCCUUUUGAUUCCUUUACAACUCACAACCCUCCAAUUAAUUUCAAUGUAAAAUAGCCAAAGCUUCAGCCUUGGUCACAAUGGUCUUCUUCUUCUUCUUCUUCUUUUUUUCCCUGAUAAUUGCUCCGUAGUAUAAAUCCUGCUCCACGGCUCCAUUCUUCUGAUCAUUGUCCGUCAGUAUUUACCUUUUCCAGUGUUCAAGUAUCGUAUGAAUCUGAGACUCACUUCUGCUAGAAAGAGAAAGGAAGCUAGCUUUCCACUUUUAGCAAACGUUUGCUGCUUUCUGACAGAAACCAAAGACACUCUAUAGAGUUUCCUUCUUCAACUGCUUUACAAAAGCCGACUUUAUGAGGUCUACAGUGGAAUUCAUGAAUACUGUUCUUCCAUAAAUAGCAGUAAUUGCCGUUUUCUGAAUUCUGGCGAUCUUUUUUCAAGGUAGUUUCUCCUGGAACGUCAAAGAAGAAGCAAUUGAAUGAGGCUGGUUUCGUCAUCUUCAUCUCUCUCACUUUCUAAUUUCGGAAAGCUUGGUUUUGGGUUUUGAGUUUUUCUUCAUCUUCUUAGUAAUGGAGAAGAGUCGGUGUUCGUGCUGUCUGCUACUAGUAGUCUUCAUUUUAGCUUCACUUCCUCUUUGCUCCGUUGGGCAGUUGACCCAAUUUGAAAGACGAAUUCUUUUUCGAGUUCAAAAACUCCUAGAGUUCCCGCCUGCUCUUCAAGGAUGGUCCAACUGGACCAACUUCUGUUACCUCCCUCCGUCGCCGUCUCUCACGAUUGUCUGCUCAGGUAAUCACGUAACUGAAUUAACCGUCAUUGGAAACAAAACCUCCCCUUCCGUCAACCCAAAAUCGCUUCGAGGGAAUUUCUCUGUUUCCGAUCAAACUCUCUCUGAGCAUUUCUCAAUUGAUUCAUUCGUCACCACCAUUACCAAGCUUUGGAGAUUGAAGGUGUUGACUCUUGCGUCAUUGGGGUUAUGGGGUCCAUUACCCGCCAAGAUCAAUCGUUUCCGGUUUCUCCAAGUUCUGAAUAUAAGCUCCAAUUUCAUUUACGGAGAGAUCCCUCCCUCGAUUGCCUCUUAUAAGUACCUCAGGAGUCUUGUUUUAGCUGAUAAUUUGUUCAAUGGAACUGUCCCGAAUCUUACUAGCUUAGCGUUUCUGCAAGAAUUGGAUCUGAGUGACAAUCUUCUCGGACCCAAAUUUCCCUCUCUAGGAAACAACAUCGUGAGUGUUAUACUGAACAACAACACGUUCCAAACUGAGAUUCCUCUCGAGCUCAAGAGCUUUAACCAGAUGCAGCGGUUAGACAUCUCUUCCAACCAAUUAAAUGGGUCGAUCCCCACUGCUCUGUUUUCUCUGCCAUCAUUACAGUAUCUCAAUGUGGCUAGUAAUCAACUGAAGGGGUCCCUCGAGACGAACAUAUCUUGCAGCGACAAGCUCGGUUUUGUGGAUCUUUCUAACAACCAGCUAACAGGAAGAUUGCCUCCGUGUAUUGAAUCUAAUUCUUCGAACCGUAUUGUGCUCUACUCCUGGAAUUGUUUGUCCAGUGGGAACUCGAAUUAUCAACAUCUUUACUCCUUCUGCUACCCAGCAUUGGCUGUUCUGCCUACGACUCCAAAACAGAAGCACCAUUCUAGCAACAAGUUAGGUCUCAUACUCGGUAUAGGUGGGGGUAUAGUGGGAGGUGUGCUUGCUUUGGGCUUGUUAUUAUUUUUUAUUUUCAGGAAGGUAAGAGCAAACAAAAGAUACAAGAAAUCUAUGUUCAACAGUCCCAUUCGCAGCUCCCCGGUACUACUCACUGAUACAAGGUAUGCAUCCGAAGCGAUGAGGUUCGGAGCACUAGGGCUCCCACCGUAUCAUGAAUUCACCUUGGAGGAAAUUGAAGAAGCAACCAAUAACUUCGACCCAUCAAAUUUAUUGGGGCAAGGAUUGAAAGGACAGCUUUAUAAAGGUUGGCUGAGAGAUGGUUCUGUGGUUGUAGUUCGAUGUUUAAAACUGAAGGACAGGCACUCACCACAGAGCUUAUUGCAACACAUGGACGUAAUUUCAAAGCUCAGGCAUCGGCACUUGGUUGGAAUUCUGGGGCAUUGCAUUGUCACAUAUCAGGAUCACCCUAAUGCAGCCAACUCUGUGUAUCUUGUUUUUGAAUAUAUUUCAAAUGGAACAUUAAGGAGUCAUCUAACCGACUGGAGAAAGCGGGAGGCAUUGAAAUGGUCACAGAGAAUGGCGGUAACCAUAGGUGUUGCUAGGGGAAUACAAUUCUUGCAUACUGUAAUUGCACCUGGCAUUUUUGGGAAUGAUCUAAAGACUGAGAAUAUUUUGAUGGAUGGUAAUCUCUCGGCAAAAAUCAAUAGCUAUAAUCUGCCAUUACCAGCUAGAGUAGGUUCAGAUAGCCCUUUUAAUAAGCAUUCUCUUGGUCAUCUUAGCAGUGCUGAACAAGCAGAAAAAGAAGACAUUUAUCAGUUUGGUGCUAUUGUAGUAGAAGUAAUUACGGGUAAAACAAUCACAUCCCAAAGCGUAUUGGAUGAAUUGAAACUUCAGCUAGAGAAGGGCUUGACAGAUGCCCCAGCAAAGCUACGAGCGGCCACAGAUCCGGCUAUUCGAGGCACAUUUGCUUAUGAGUCACUGAGAACCGCAGUUGAAAUAACCACCAAAUGUCUAUCCAAAGAUCCUAGCCAGCGGCCAUCAAUAGAGGAUGUUCUCUGGAAUUUGCAGUAUUCAGUUCAAGUUCAAGAUGGAUGGACCAGUAGUGGUAACCUUAGCGGCAAACUAAGUGGAAACCUUAGCGGAAUGCUUAGUGGAAGACUUAGUGGGAAGCUUAGUGGAAGACUCAGCGGAAACCUUGGUGGAAACAUCAGUUUUAAAAGACCAUGAACCCAUGCACCUUUCAUCUCCCUGUGCAAUCCAUCUUAAUUCUUUGUAUAUUUGAAUGAUUUUCAAAUAAAUAAGCCAGACUCCUUCGUAUUAUUAUUUUUCAAAUGCCUAAACUUGUACUAUUACUGCCUUAGUACAAUAUUAUUCAAGAAACAAGAUGUUGUAGUUAUCUCAACUUCACUGCCGUUCAGUUCCAGUAAGUUCUGAGAAAUCUUACCAUGAAGGAAGGGAUCUUGGUGCGGUAUAGACUAUA